UCUCAAGCUACCUACCUCAAAAUUUCUUGCCACCUUCCUCUUUUACUUCCUCUACGAUCAAUUCUCUGUUUGUCUGUACCAGUUCCAAAAGAUUAACUGAGUGUCAAGUUUGCUAAAAGGAAAGCAAUCAAGAGGAGCCAUCGAGCCAUCUUUGUAAGGCAAUCUAAAAGUAGUCAAAGUAACUCAUCAUGCCAGUUGAGUUCGAGAUAGAGUUCAACGUUGAGACCAGCACCAGAGGAGGGUACCGGACUUUCAUUACGAAUUUACGACAGCGAUUGGGAUUGAGAUCGUCGCACAAUCGUCCUGCACUUAUCGUUCAAGAGGGGGACGCACCCACUCGAUUCUUCGAAUUGAUAUUACGAACCAACAAUCACUCAGUUCGGUUCAGAUUCCGAAUGGACAACCUCUACUUGAUUGGUUACCAAAUGGAAGAUGGACGAUGGUUAGAGUUCAAUAACCAACAACAAAACCAUCUAAUUUUAGGUUCAACAUUCUUAGGCUUCGGGGGCGACUACAGAAGCCUGGCGGGUGCUGCUUUCCCCUCUGAUCAGCAGGACCAGCAAGGAAUUGAGCAAAUAAGAGUUGGCUAUUAUAGCCUCGUCAGUGCUAUAAAUCAGCUCGCUACAGUGACCGACCGCGAGACAAGGGCUCGUCGUCUCGUCGUUGUUAUCAUGAUGAUCUGUGAGGCGAGUAGACUCAUUCCUAUAUCCGACUAUGCAGCUACCAGUUACCACAGCAUAAAUCCUAACCAAGAAGGCCAAAUCCAAACUUGGAUGAAGAAUUUAGCACACUCUUGGGGCUCCUUGUCUGCAGCGUUGUUUCGCGCUGAUGCUUAUCCACAACAGGGGUUCCAAUUACCAGAAAAUCAUGUACAACUUCUACCAGAUGUUGAAAGGAGAAUAACAACUAUUGCCGAAGCUGCCGCAAUACUUGGCAUCUUGUUGGGACUUUGCUUCAGAGGCAGUGGACCUCAAAGGUUUCCACGCAUGGCCGACAAUGCUCAGUCGUGCCUUAGAGGACGGCCGCUUGUGGAGGUUUUCUCAGUGCGCAUCAACAACAUUGAUGACGAGAACCUGGGAGAUCUCUAUGGCACAAUCAUAGUCGCCGACGGACUGAAUUCUCAAUACAUCUACAACCGCACAAGGGACAAUGUUGAAUCCAUCAAGGCGGGGGAUAAUGCUACCCUGACUGGGCCAAAUCGAUCCAUCUUGGCGUAUGGGGACUUCACCAUCAGAGUGGUUCUCACGGAUAAGGAUACAUGGUCCUGGGACGAUGAAAUCAUCAAUCAAGAGAUCUCGUGGAACCCUUACGACAUCGGCAAUGUUUAUGACGAACCCAUUAACAUAGGACUUUGGAGCAAGAGGGGUUCUGGGUCAUUGUUUUAUGCAGUGUUAAGAGAUGCAGUGGCUGCCCAAGUUACCGUUAAGCUGGAAGAAGGAGGAGAAAACACUACCGAAGUCUAUGGGGAUAUUCAAGCCUUCUGUGGCAAUUGGGGUGAUAAUUACAACACUAGAAGUAUUCUGUUCAAAAGAGCAUCGAAUGACUACUUAAGUGUAGAGCGUCACCACAACAUUCCAUUGACGAGAUCGGUAGUGGCCGUGCCAUUGAGCUCCUCCCUCAAAGUUAUGGUAAAUUUGAAGGAUUACGACCCAAUCUCUGCCGACGAUGUAAUUGCUGAUGGCACUGAAGAGUUCCCAGCUGAGAUGUCUGGUACAUACUCUAAGAUUAUCUAUGGGGCAGAUGGUAAUCGGGUCUCCGUGACGGUUGCUUGGAUUUUUGAUAUCUAAUAUUAAGUCGUGAUAUCAAAAUGGUUUCACCUGUCCUGUUGUGUGUGUAAGUCAUAAUUAUAUCAUAUGUUUGUUUGUUAGUUAAGUAAUUUGUUGGUGAUGU